GUCUCUUCAAAUUUCCAUUUCCUUACCCCCAGACAAAACUAAAAUAAAAGAACACAGCCUUCCGCUGCUCCUCCACCAUCUCUCGCCUCCGCCGGAAAAUGGUUGAGCCUACUAGUACGGAUUCCGACGAAGGGAUCUCGCUGCUCGAGUUUCACGGUAAUGGUGACCGCUCCUGGCAAUUAAAUUUCGAUGAUUUCCAGGUUUCUCCGGAGCACAAGGAGAAGAAGACGCCCAGCAAACUACACAACUGUCUUGGUUGUUUGGGUCCGGAAGACAAUGUGGCAGAUUAUUACCAGCAGCAAGUAGAGAUGCUUGAGGGAUUUACUGAAAUGGAUGAACUUGCUGAACGUGGCUUUGUUCCCGGGAUGUCAAAGGAAGAGCAGGAUGAUUUGGCUAAAAGCGAGACAUUGGCGAUCAGAAUAUCAAACAUUGCAAACAUGGUUCUUUUUGCUGCUAAAGUCUAUGCUUCUGUCACAAGUGGCUCUUUAGCGAUCAUUGCCUCCACACUGGAUUCUCUUCUUGAUCUUCUUUCUGGCUUCAUCCUGUGGUUUACCGCCUUCUCAAUGCAGACACCGAACCCGUAUCAGUAUCCUAUUGGCAAGAAACGGAUGCAACCACUGGGAAUCCUAGUCUUUGCAUCAGUGAUGGCGACACUUGGAUUGCAGAUUAUCUUGGAAUCUCUUCGCACGAUGUUAUCCAGCCACAAGGAGUUCAGUCUAACAAAAGAGCAAGAGAGUUGGGUGGUUGGGAUCAUGCUUUCUGUUACAUUGGUCAAACUGCUUCUGGUUCUUUACUGCAGAUCCUUCACUAACGAGAUCGUUAAAGCUUAUGCUCAAGAUCACUUCUUCGACGUCAUCACAAACAUCAUUGGACUCAUUGCAGUAAUCCUCGCCAAUUACAUCGAUGAUUGGAUCGAUCCAGUCGGAGCUAUCAUUCUUGCAAUUUACACGAUACGGACAUGGUCAAUGACGGUAUUGGAGAACGUGAACUCUCUUGUUGGGAAAUCAGCAAGACCAGAGUAUCUGCAGAAACUAACUUACCUGUGUUGGAACCACCACAAGGCCAUUAGGCACAUUGACACAGUGAGGGCUUACACAUUUGGCUCGCAUUAUUUUGUGGAGGUUGACAUCGUUCUUCCUGCUGACAUGCCUCUGCAAGUGGCUCACGACAUUGGAGAAUCACUGCAAGAGAAGCUCGAGCUGCUGGAGGAGAUCGAAAGGGCAUUUGUGCAUCUUGAUUAUGAGUACACUCACAAACCUGAGCAUGCUAGUAGAUCCCACUGUUAGCUGUUUAUCAUUUCAAGAUAUCUACGUUUCCAAAUCUUUACAACCUAAUCUUCACUGUAUUAUUUACUAGACAAUUGUGAGAUAAAGGAAUACCCUUGUAACUAUCUACUUUUGUUAUGUGUGUUUUAUUUAGCAAAAGAUUAUAUCUGGUCUAA